UCUACUUGACGCUGGUACAGAAAGGAGCAGAAUGUAGCGGUACAUGUAUCGGGCUCGUUUCACAUCAAUCCAGCCAUCAGAAGUCCUUCUCUCUUUUUAUGUCGACGGGGUGAAUCCGGUUUGGGGGAUGGGUGUUUUAAAGAUCGUUAGCAGAGACGUCUAACGUUUGAAAACAUGUCCAACAUCCUCGAUGCGGCGUCCAAAGUAAGAUGGGACCGCACGGCUGCGGCGAAGCGAGCCGUGUUUCUUGCGGCUGCUGCUUACGGUGUCAAAACAUUGUACCCCAUCAUCUGCAGGCAGCUCAGCAAAAAGAAGGAUCCCAGGAAUAAUCGCCGGGUUUCGAAGGCGGAGAAUGGCUCCACUUAUUCGGGGAAAACGCAGGCAGAUGCUGUGGGUCUCAGGAAGGCAUCCCCCGGUGUGAAUGCACAAUUUUUCAAGCAGAUCCUCGAACUUGGUAAAAUCCUCUUCCCAAAGCUCGUAUCCAAAGAGCUCGGUUUGCUCUCCUUGCACUCGGUGGCGCUGAUAUCCAGGACGUUUCUGUCUAUAUACGUGGCGAGCUUGGACGGCAAGAUUGUCAAAACGAUCGUGGAAAAGAAACCCAAGAGCUUCAUCAUCCAGCUGAUCAAAUGGCUCCUCAUUGCCAUCCCGGCCACGUUCGUCAACAGCGCCAUCCGGUACCUGGAGUGCAAACUGGCUCUGGCCUUCCGCACCCGCCUUGUGAACCAUGCCUACCGGACCUACUUCACGGAUCAGACCUACUACAAAGUCAGCAACAUGGACGGGAGACUUGCCAACCCGGACCAGUCUCUCACCGAGGACGUGAUGAUGUUUUCCCAGUCGGUGGCUCAUCUCUACUCUAACCUCACCAAGCCCAUACUGGAUGUGAUGCUGACCUCCUACACGCUGAUCCAGACCGCCAGGUCUAGGGGGGCCAACGCCACCGGGCCGACCCUGCUGGCCGGGCUGGUGGUCUUUGCAACAGCGAAGGUCCUACGCGCCUGCUCGCCCAGGUUUGGUAAACUGGUGGCCGAGGAGGCUCACAGGAAGGGCUACCUGCGCUAUGUGCACUCCAGGAUCAUUGCAAAUGCGGAGGAGAUCGCUUUCUACAGAGGACAUAAGGUGGAGAUGCGUCAGCUGCAGAAGUGCUACCGGGCCCUGGCGGACCAGAUGAACCUGAUCCUGUCCAAGCGUCUCUGGUACAUCAUGAUCGAGCAGUUCCUCAUGAAGUACGUGUGGAGCGGCAGCGGGCUCGUCAUGGUGGCGGUGCCCAUCAUCACGGCCACGGGCUUUGCAGACAACGAAACAGCAGAUGGUCAUACGCAGGUGAUGGUGAGCGAGAGGACGGAGGCUUUCACCACUGCCCGGAACCUGUUGGCCUCAGGAGCCGACGCCAUUGAGAGGAUCAUGUCCUCAUACAAAGAGGUCACAGAGCUGGCAGGCUACACUGCACGAGUCCACAACAUGUUAGAGGUGUUCGAGGACGUCCAGAGGGGUGUUUACAAGCGCUCCUCUGUAUCAACCACAGCAGGAGCAGAGAAGAAGAGCAAGCCUGAGAUGCACAUAGAUGGACCACUGGAGAUAAAGGGUGAAGUGAUAGAUGUGGACAAAGGCAUUGUGUGUGAAAAUGUACCAAUUAUCACACCAAAUGGGGAUGUUGUGGUGUCUUGUUUGAAUUUUAAGGUAGAGGAGGGCAUGCACCUAUUGAUCACGGGGCCUAACGGCUGUGGGAAAAGCUCUCUGUUCAGGAUCCUCAGCGGCCUGUGGCCUGUGUACGGCGGCCGACUACACAAACCCUCCCCUCAGCAUAUGUUCUACAUCCCUCAGAGGCCCUACAUGUCAGUGGGUUCACUGCGGGACCAGGUGAUCUACCCAGACUCUGUGGAGGACAUGGCUGCCAGAGGCAUGAGUGACAAGGACCUGGAGGCCAUCUUGGACAUAGUCAACCUCAACCAUAUUGUCACCAGAGAGGGAGGCUGGGAUGCUGAGCUGGACUGGAAGGAUGUGCUGUCAGGGGGCGAGAAGCAGAGGAUGGGCAUGGCUCGCAUGUUUUACCACAAGCCUAAAUAUGCCCUGUUGGAUGAGUGCACCAGUGCUGUGAGCAUUGACGUGGAGGGAAAGAUUUUCCAGGCUGCCAAGGACGCCGACAUCUCUCUGCUCUCCAUCACGCACAGACCCUCCCUGUGGAAGUACCACACCCACCUGCUGCAGUUCGAUGGCGAAGGAGGCUGGCGCUUCGAGCAGCUGGACACGGCAACACGCCUCUCCCUCACCGAGGAGAAGCAGCGGCUGGAGGCCCAGCUGGCCGGCAUUCCCGAGAUGCAGCAUCGCCUCAAUGAGCUCUGCAAGAUCCUGGGAGACGACUCUGUCCUCAAAACAGCUGAGGAGUGAGAAAGAGAGAGGCAAGGGAGGGGAGGAGAGGCCCAGAGGGGAAAAGAGCAGAGCAGAAGGAGGGGGGAGGAGAAGAGAGUGUGGGAGACAGAGAGGCAAUGAAAGAAAAAGAAAUCUGGAGGUGGGGGUUGUUAGUAUUUUUUUUUUUUUUUUCAGGCUUGUUUAGAUGUUUUUUUCUUUUGCUCUGAGCCUCUUCCGUUGAAGCAGAAAAGCUUUUAAUGCUAACUAGUCUCUCAGCUCUCCCUUCUCCUCUCCCACUUCUUUUCAUCUUUCCUUUGCCCUGCUCCAGUCUGAGAAGUGGAUUGGGGGGGUGGAUUCAAAAGUACCCCCCCCCCCCCCCCCCCCCAAGUGACACACAGCGACUCAGUUAUAUAUUUUAAAUGUUUGAUUUUAGCUUGUAUCAACUCUCAAGAUCAUGUUGCUACAGUUCAAAGUGACAGAACUGAUCAAUCUAAAUUAACUGAGAUAAUGAAUUUGUUUGUUUGUUUUAUAGCACUUUACUCUGCUUUUAGAGGGCUGGUUCUGUUUGUCGUGGUAGCUCCCAGUGAAAUAAGGUGAUAGCUGCAUUUUAGCUGGAAAACGUUUUAUGUAGAGUCGCUAAACAAUGUCCGAAGCAGUAUUCCACGCCCUCGUUGGGUUCUGCAGGAUCCACAUUUGUUUUUACCUCCAUAAUUUAGCAGUAGGUUUUAGUUUUACUGAACCUAAUGUGACCUUGUUUCAAAAAGGUCAAAAGAGACUAUUUUUCAAAAUGUCACAAUAUGCCUUUGCUUGGUUUGUGAGCAUAGCCGCGGUACAAUCCCCUUCUUCAUACCUCAUCUUAGCCCUUAGGUUAUUGCAGACCCCUGAACCACUUUUAUAUCAGCUCUGUUGUCGGAAAAAGAGACGAUCAGAGGUCUGUUAUUAGACAAAUUAGUGACGCAGGUCUGACUCCACAACUAUAGUUUUCUGGUUUGCUGAACAAAUACAAUGAGCUGAAGAGGCCCUCUUGAGAGGAAGAGGACCAAGCUGGUAGUCUGAUCUGUCUGUGAACACUCACACAGACAGUAUAAUGAAUACUGCACAUGGGUGAACAGGUAGCCAUACAGACAGUGUAACUGUCAGAUACAUUUAUACACUCUGACCACCUGACAGAGCUCUCCCACCCCCACCCUUCUUUGUGUUGACACAAAACACACUCGAGUGUCUGCUGUGUGUCAGACGCCUGCUGGGACUGCGCUAAGUCAGCAGUGCUGCUCAUGCUCUGUUUAGGUACACAUUAUGACAUGAUGGUGGCGGACAAUGAGCUGAUACAUUAUGUCAAUCAACAGCUUAUGAGGAGACUUCAUAUAAAUUUGGCAAAGAUGGAAGAAAUACUGGAAGCUGAUCAUUGUUUAAUAUCAUGAAGUGUAUGUUUACAUGCACUUAAAUAAGGCCUUAUUGGGUUACACCUAAUUCACGUAUAUUUCAUAAUUCAGUAGUAAAAAGCCUAGAGGUCAGGCUUGUUUAUAGAUUGCAGACUUUGGAGGUGCUUUGGCUCAAAGGCACUUCAGCAGUUUGUUUGCCUCUUGACUAAUAUUAGUUUUCCAGUUGCUGUCAAAGUUAGAUCGUUUUUCCUCCUUUAGCCUCCAUGUUUGUUACCAGGAACUCAUCAGAAGUUGUGAUACUGUGAAGUUAAUGAUUUGUUACACUGACAUCAUUUUAUUGUCAUUAGAAACACUGUGUUUUCAUGUGACGGUUCUACGCUGUGGCAGUGGCUGCUUAUCUGUUUAUAGGGUACUUUCUUUGCGUGGUUCAGACCUGUGUACACACUCAGUGUCCUGCACAGAACAGCUGAGGAACAGUUAAUUAGUUAAAUGGAUAGGAGAUCAUUGUGCCAUUCAUUUAUAGUCUUCAGAUUUCACUAUAGACACAUGGAGUUUUAUAUGUAGUUUCAUUUAUCAACCAAGUGGUAUCAGUACAUUUAACAGCAGAGACUGUGUGACACUAAAAAUCUUUCUUAGUUCACCUUUAAUUUAACAUUUCCUCUGUAAAAAUUUGUGUUGGACUACAUUAGAAACACAACUGUAGUGAAAUCUGUAUGUAUUUGUAUGAUUGGUCCAGAUGUUGCACAAACAGGGGAAACACAGGACUUCUUUUAUCUUCUUCUCACACUGUACGGCAGACAGGACUCAAUCGAGUGACUAGCACAGUGUAAUAAUAUCAAGUCAUCUCACUGGUUAACACGCCACUGUUUUUGUUAACGCACACACCAACACCACCAUGCCAGUGUUGACUUCCUGACAAUCAGUCACAUCAUCAGCAGAACACAAACAAGGGUACUGCUAUAAUUCAACACGGCUCGCUGUUAUCAUUCAGAGAGAUGGGUAAAUGAUGGUAAACUGAUUUUAGGUAUAUAACUGCACCUGCAUUAUCAGAUUUGGUGUGGAAUUUACAGUGUAUGUCGUUUUGUAUGCAUGUCAAUGUUUAACUACUCCCUCAGGCCUUUUUGUUAGCCUGAGCUCCGGCUGCAUCCAAGAUGUCUAAAAGUGCCACAUCUUUCCUCCAUUGAGAAUUUAAACCUUUGAAACCUCCUCUUUUGGCUUUUCAUGGACAGUUCAGGAAAAAAAGGAUUUUAGACCAUUUGAAUGCAGCCUCAGUCUGCUGCUCAGGAUGACGGCUGCUCAGUUACCGAAGGACAAACUUUGAUUUUCUGCUCCCCUAAAUGUGACUGAAGAAGACAAAAUAAUUAAUGACUGAAAGUCACUGAAUUCCUUUGAUAUCUAAAGGAAUGAGAACUUGGUAUGCUCUGUGAUGGUCUUGUAACGCAAAGAAAAAGUAAUUCUGCUUCCAUUUGGUACACAAGAGAGCAUCAUGGGCAUUACUGUAGGUCUUUAAAAUGGCAUGUGCGAACCUUUCAAACAGCAGCAUGAACAAGAGUUUCUGACCUGAAACAUGUCGUCAGUCAGACUCUGUCGACAGGGUGGCUGCUGAGCCGCUGAAUGACACAGAAUUUGCACAGCGGCGCUGAAACAUGAGGUCAGAUAGUGCCUGAAAUAUGUGGGCAUGAAUAUAGUUUCAGUAAUUAUGCGUUAUUUCAUGGUGAAAGGAUGGGAUAAGAAAUGAUGAGGUGCCUUACAAAGUGCUGCGGGAAAUAUUAGGCAAAGAGUGGACUGUGGACUGAUAGGACUAAACCCAACACGUCCAUUGAUAAUAAUUAAGUCAGGGCUAGCUGCUCUCCAGUGAGUGCAGCAGAAAUAAAUCUCCUAGGGUGAUGAGGUUAGAGACUACUAGGGGUGUUGCGAUAUUGGUAUCGGUGUUGACAAUAACUGAUAUUUUAAAAAUGAAAUAUUGAUAACACAUAUAAUAUCAUAGAUUUUUGCUUAUCAGUUCAUUUGCCUUUACACUAUCCAUUAAGUGUAACUGUGUAACUUUUGUACACUUUUGUACAGUUGUAGUUACAGACUCAGAUUUUCUAUAAAUAUAUAUUAUUAUCACUAAUUCUUUUGGCCAUGAUAAUUGUGACGGCCCUAGGGAUGGCUACUCUACUACAUACAGUAAGUUUCUGUGACUUAACAUGGCUCCUCAUCAUUUCUUAAGCCCUUAGGAAACAAGUUCAGGCCUGUUGUGGCCUACUACACUGUAUGACCCUGUUAUAUACAGUAAUGACAUCCUUACUAACCAAACGUUGACACUGAAACUUUCAUUCAGUCAUCCCUUUUGUAAGUAAGAAAUUGAAUGUAUCCAUCAUGUAUGAUCAAGCAAAUCUAUAGGUUACGAAGACAAUGAAUACAAGUGGUCUGGUCAUACAAGUCCCUUUUUCUGUUUGACAUUUGACUUGAGAAUUUUUCAGUUGUGUUACUAGUGCAUGUAACAUUAUUUUGUUAGAGCCAUGAUAUGGUGUUUCAAGUGGGAUUUUCUGUGAACUGGGAUCAUAGGUGAGGAAAACGCUUCUCAUUUUGAAAUUUCAUGUUGUUCCAGUAGUGCAGGACAGUCCAAUCAGUAUUUAAGGUAAGUAUAUAAGGUUGAGAGUUUUUGAGAUAUUGAUUAGACUGUCCUGGAGCACAGAUACAACAUGACAGUGAUUCUCCCUCAAGGCCAGGGAUUACUACAGUUUGAACUUAAUUCAUCAAUCAAAACUCCAAUAUAAUAUAACUAUUUUAUAUUUUGACUUCUUGUAAUAUUAGCCCAGACCUUCCUUAUUGAGAUCUCAUUGUGCAUGUGUAGGAAUCUGUAUUCUUUAACCAUAGAAUCAAGGGAGGUACAUCAACAUUAAGGUCAUCUGUUCAAAAAUCAUGUGCUACGGUCACUUUACAUUGAAAGAUGAAGAUGUAUUUUCUUGUAAAUAAAACAAUACAGCGCAACCUCAAA